AUGGAUGAAUCCGAACGCGACGGUCGCUGUAGCGUCAUGUUGCCCGAUACGAUGGAGGCUUGCACACCUCCCACGCAACUAGAGCCAGUCGACCUGAGCCUCAAGCGACCUUCCACCCCCAGGAGACGUACCAGAUCAUCAUGUAAUACCUACCCAGCCUCUUCACAUACCAACAAAAGAGAACAGACUACAAAUGUUAUCGAGUCAAGUCGCAAUGCAAAAUACAAAGAUGUUCCGGAUCUUCGAAAGACGAGGAUAUUGAAAGCAUCGAUUAACAGACAUAAACCCUACGGGGAAUCACCACACACAUCAUUAGAACUGUCAACGAACAAAACGGCGUUCCUCCCUCCACUGCCUUUUCCAUUGCCCACGCACAAACCGAACCUGGGACCUUCCGAAUUCAAGAACUUCCUCAACACGGCGCUUCAGACAGCGCUCACAGACUCCUUGGCGCGUUCGAUGCAGACAUUCACGAAGACUGUUCUGGAAGGUGAAGACGCGAAGGACAAAAGGCGACUACACAAAUGCGACGUGGCUGGGUGUCAGAAGGUGAAAAGCCCUACAGCUGCGGUUGGGCGGGCUGCGGGUGGCGCUUCGCCCGAUCAGACGAGCUCACGAGACAUACACGCAAACACACAGGACAUCGACCUUUCGCAUGCCCCCUUUGUAAGCGCGCUUUUGCACGCUCCGACCACCUGGGGCUGCAUAUGCGGAGACACUGACUAUGCUCAGUCAAACGAACGAACGACAACAAAACAAUAA